AUGGCGUUUGCGGUGGAGGAGAUCAAUCGUAACAGAAGUCUUCUCCCAGGAGUGAAGCUUGGAUACAGAAUCCUGGGCAGCUGUAGCCGAUACCCCUGGGCUCUGACAGAUACAAUUUCAUUGAUUAGUGGUAGCAGUCCCAAAUGCCAAUCAGAAAGCCCUGCACCUGUGAUAAUUGGCGCAGCUUCGUCAACCAUAGGAAUAAUGUUGUCCAACAUAUUGACUGCUCUUUCAACUCCAAUUAUUAGCCACCUUGCAAGUUGCCCCUGUCUAAGCGAAAGGGCAAAAUACCCAAACUUUUUCCGAACAAUCCCAAGUGAUGUUUUUCAAAGUCAUGCAAUGGCAGAACUGGCCAUACACUUCAAAUGGUCCUGGGUCGGAGCAGUGAUAGCAAACAAUGAUUAUGGACACCUGUCGUUGCAGGUGUUUCAGAAAGCGACUGAAGGUAAAGGCAUCUGUGUAGAUUUCAUUGUUCCAGUCAAACGAGAAACUAUUCAGAGUGAUGCUGAAAGAGCAGCAUUAACAAUACAAGCUUCCACUGCUCGAGUGAUUUUGAUAUUCUGUUGGUAUACAGAUGUGCGGGAAGUGUUUACACAACUGGUAAAAAGAAAUAUAACAGACAAACAAUUUAUCGCCAGUGAAGCUUGGAGCACAAGUGAGGACAUUAUUGAAAAUGUCAAUCUUUUAAAGGUGGCUAAUGGUGUUCUUGGUGUGGCUAUUCGCAGUGCAGAGAUACCUGGAUUUGAAAAUUAUGUUCGUAAUUUACACCCAUCCCAAAGGCCACAUGAUGAGUUUUUAAGAGAAUACUGGGAACAGGUGUUUGGCUGUACUCCUCUGUCUUCAUCCUCCUCUCCUUUUCCUCCCUGUAAUGGGACAGAGUCCCUGUAUGGGGUGCAGAAUCACUUCACUGACAUGUCCCAGUUAAGGGUCACAAAUAAUGUUUAUCUGGCAGUUUAUGCAGCAGCUCAUGCCCUCCACAGCCUUCUGUCCUGCCCCAACACUGAGGCCUCUGCUGCAACAACCAACUGCUCCUCUCCUCAGAAUGUCACAUCUGCACAGGUUUUGCAGCACUUGAACAAAGUUAAAAUCUCCACACCACAUGGAGAAUGGUUUCGCUUCCAUGGGGCUGACAUUCAACCCAAAUUUGAUUUGGUCAAUUGGCAGAAGACUCCUGAAGGGUCACUCAGACUUGUUCUAAUCGGACGAGUGGAUGGCUUUGACAUUGUUCUGAAUGAAACAGCCAUUCAGUGGACCACAGGAUCAAGUCAAGUCCCUGUGUCCGUGUGUACAGUGAGUUGUGAGCCUGGGACUCGAAAGGCCUUACGCAAAGGUGAACCUGUCUGCUGUUUUGACUGUAUUCCCUGUGGGGAUGGGGAAGUAAGCAACAAAACAGACGCUCUCCAGUGUGACCGUUGUCCACUUGAAUUUUGGUCCAAUCCUGCCCGAACGUCCUGUAUCCCCCGACAGCUAGACUUCCUCGCCUUUAAUGAAACUCUGGGCAUCACUCUGACCACAGUGGCUGUGUCUGGAGCAGUAGUGACCACUGCAGUCUUUGUGGUGUUUCUUUAUUACCGACAAACACCUAUGGUCCGAGCCAACAACAAAGAGCUGAGCUUCCUACUCCUCGUGUCCCUGAAACUGUGCUUCUUGUGCUCUUUGGUGUUCAUUGGUCGACCGUCAGCCUGGUCCUGUCGCUUCCAGCAGGCCGCCUUUGGCAUCAGCUUUGUGCUGUGUGUGUCCUGUCUUCUGGUUAAGACGUUGGUUGUUUUGGUAGCAUUCCGCUCGGCACGACCAGGUUCAGAGAGUUUAAUGAAGUGGUUUGGUCCUCACCAGCAAAGAGGGAGUGUAGGCUUCUUCACCACUAUACAGAUCCUCAUCUGUAUUGUGUGGCUGUGUGUCAGUCCUCCAGAGCCUCACGUGGACCUGGGUGUGCAGGGGUCAAAGGUCACUCUGGAGUGUGCCAUGGAGUCUGUGCUGGGCUUCUCUCUGGUCCUGGGAUACAUCGGGCUGCUGGCCUGCACAUGCCUCCUCUUGGCUUUUCUGGCUCGAAAACUCCCAGACAACUUCAAUGAGGCCAAACUUAUCACUUUCAGCAUGUUGAUCUUCUGUGCUGUUUGGGUGGCCUUUGUCCCUGCCUAUGUCAGCUCUCCUGGAAAAUAUGUGGUUGCAGUGGAGAUUUUUGCAAUUUUGGCCUCUAGUUAUGGUUUACUUAUUUGCAUUUUUGCACCAAAAUGUUAUAUUAUUCUUUUGAGGCCUGAAGAAAACACCAAGAAACACAUAAUUGGAAGAUGA